ACGAUUAUUUAAUGCAGAAUUGAGGAUCCCACAUUUCACAUCACUGAAAAAUGCAAUCUUUAUAAAAAAGAUCGAAGCUUUAUCGAUGGACGUUAAAAUCAGAGAGACAACGACGCAGUCAGUGUUCUGUUCGCUCUCCAUGUGAUUCACUCUUCCUUGUCACGCAACAAUGGCGGCGCCCAAUUCGUGGGAGGAGCUGCUGCGCAAGAUGCUGCCGGAGGGCGCCCCGUUGCCCGACGAGGACCAGCUCGAUUACUCCAUCUCCGUCGACUACGUCGGCCCUUCUCCCUUCUUCAAGCCCCCCGACGCAAAUCCCGUCAUUCCCAAAUCCAGAUUCACCGCUUUCCCCAAACGCGCCCCUUCUCUCACCCCGACGAAUCCUUCCUGGAUCAAGUCACGGUCUAGCUCCGACACCACCAGCUCCGAAAACCGACCACUCAGCCUCACUUUCGACGAUGGAAUUGAAUCCGAAUUGGAAUCCGAAUCUGGAAAUACCAGUGAUCAUCAUGAAUUUGCCAAUUCUAAUUCUAAUUCUAAUUCGACCGUUAUUGGUGAGGGUGGGGGUGGGGUUAGGGUUAUGGGGUGUGGGAGGUGUGGGAAGAAGGGGGGGAAGGAGGUGUGGCGAGGGCGGGAGAGGUGCAUUGUGUGUGGGGCAGAGUAUUGCAAGAAAUGUGUGUUGAGGGCGAUGGGGGCGAUGCCGGAGGGGAGGAAGUGCGUGGGGUGCAUUGGGAGGCCGAUUAAUGAGGCGAACAGGAGGCGGCUGGGGAAGGUUUCGAAGGUGUUGGUGAAGCUCUGCGGUCGUGUGGAGGUUCGGGCGAUAAUGCAGGUGGAGAGGGAGUGCAGGGCUAAUCAGGCGAGGCCGGAGCAGGUUGUUGUGAAUGGGGAGCAGCUGAGGGAGGAGGAAUUGGAUGAGUUGUUGGGCUGUCUCGUGCCUCCCCGGGACUUGAGGCCGGGGAGAUAUUGGUAUGAUAAGGAUUCUGGGCUCUGGGGGAAGGAGGGAGCAAAGCCGGAGAGGAUCAUUAGUUCGAAACUGAAUGUGGGAGGCAAGUUGCAGAUUGGAGCGAGCAAUGGUGAUACGAGGGUUUACAUGAACGGCCGUGAGAUCACUAGAGUCGAGCUCCGCGUCUUGAAGCUGGCCAAGGUCCAGUGCCUUCCGGAUACACACUUUUGGCUAUAUGACGAUGGAUCAUAUGAGGAGGAAGGCCAGAAUAACAUCAAAGGAAAUAUAUGGGAAAAGGCUUCUGUUCGUUUCAUUUGUUCGUUGUUUUCACUGGCCAUACCUUCUGAACGUGCUCAAAGAACGAAGGAAGAACCCGCUUUGUUGUCAGCUAGAUCGUUCUCCAAGAAUCUGGAGGAGCAUAAGGUCCAGAAACUUCUUCUUCUUGGAUUGGAUGGAUCUGGGACAAGUACCAUCUUCAAGCAGGCCAAGUUUUUAUAUGCAAACAAAUAUACCCCUGAAGAAUUGCUGAACAUUAAGCUUAUAAUUCAAAGUAAGAUGUACAGAUAUCUCGGUAUUUUACUGGAGGGGAGGGAGCAUUUUCAAGAGGAGACCUUGAUGAAAGACGCUUGUUCUGGUCUGGCUGCUGACAGGUCUGUACCAGGAGAAACGGAAUGUGAUGGAAGCAGGCAAUGUAUCUAUUCGGUUAACCAGAAAAUUAGUAAUUUCUGUGACUGGUUGUUGGAUCUAAUGGCUUCCGGGGAUUUCGACACUGUCUUUCCUGCUGCUGCACGCGAACAUGCUUCUGUAGCUGAUGAAAUUUGGAAGGAUCCUGCCAUACAGGAAACGUACAAGAGACGGGAGGAACUGCCAUAUUUUCCCGAUGUUGCUGCAUAUUUCUUAGACCGGGUGAUGGAGAUAUCGAGCAGCGAGUAUGAACCAUCAGAGAAUGACAUUAUAUUUGCUGAAGGGGUUACUCCCACCAACGGGAUAGCACACAUCGAGUUCUCGUUUGGUGAUCACAGCGCAGUUUCUGAGUUAUACAAUGAAGACUCGAAGAAUCAACAACCUCUGCCAAAGUAUGAACUGAUUCUGCUGAGCUCUCCGAAGUGGUUGGACAUGUUCGAAGGCAUGAGCACCGGCCUCUUGUGCGUUUCCUUGACUGACUAUAACCGGCAAUGGACUGUCAUACAACAGAACAAAAUGGUGGCGAGCCGGGAUUUCUUCGAGAGUGUAGCUAAGCGUUCUUGUUUUGAGUACACACCCUUCCUCCUGCUCCUGACCAAAUACGACGUGUUCAAGGAUGAAAUCGAGCAGGUUCCUCUAACUGUCUGCGAGUGGUUCAAGGACUUCAAUCCUUUGAAGACUCACGGCAAGAAUACGUCGCUGGGACACCAGGCGUUUCACUACAUCGCUGCGAGAUUCAAGGAGCUCUACGCCUCCAUCACGGGCAGGAAGCUGUACGUACGGCAAGUGAAGGGACGCGAGCAACAGUCUGUGGACGAGGCGUUCAGGUACGCCCGGGAAAUCAUCGACUGGGAAGAGCACAAUAUUGGAGGUAUCUAUUCCAUGAGCGAUGAUGAUUUGCUAUCUGAGGAAUUAUAACUCUUUUAUAGUUUUAUAAAUGUGAUGGCAAAACUGCCGUUAAGGCUCAAGUCAUAAACCUUACAAAUAGGGAUGUUUAAGGUUUGGUAGGCUUCAAGGGUAGUUUUGCAAUCAUCUUUGUUUUUUUAAAUUUGUAAUGCUUUCACAGUUUUGUGAAAAGUUGCAUAACAAAGUAGUUAUACAAAACCACUCUCAAACAAAUUGGUAUCA